UUGCAGGCUCGCUCUGCACGAUAGUUCUUCAUAAAAGUACAAUCGAUAGUAGAGUCGAUGAAUAUGCAGAACUUUUAAGAUACCAGCAACUAGUACACUUAAGAGAAACGGAAAAGGUUACAGAGUAUUAUAAGCGAGUGGAUAGAAGAUAUUUAAGGAACUUUCAAAAUGCAAUUAAUUAAUUGUUCUUGGAAUCUGUCUUCUAACAAUAUUUAUUAAAAACAACAUAUCUCUCAUUCAAAUAGACAAUAUUUCCAGUGAACAUAAAAGUGGUAGUGACAUAUUCCAAUAAAAUACUCCCAAGAGAGAAGUAUACAAAAUCGUAAACAGUGCAUACACAUGUGUAAAAUACAGACUAAAUGGGCUGAACUCUUAAAACACACCGGUAAAAUUAGUUUCCUUAAAAAGUGUUUAAGACUUAUUGUUUUCUUAAUCCUAGAAGAUUACAGCCCAACACGGUUGAAUAAUAUAAACAUAAUAGACAGAGUGUAUAUAUUGCUCUAUUCGCUUAAAAUGAACACAUAUUUGAUAUCAUUUAUUACAAUAAUUAUUUUCGCUAACGGUAUAAAUGGAACUUCUGUGGAUACAAGUAAUAAAUUAUUGCUGCAGAAAGCGAAUGACUUCAACUUAAUAUCGCCUGCGUUAUCACAAAACUUAUCAAGUUCACGGACACGGCGAACCAGUGAGAAUUCUUUUCGUAUAGUUGGAAUUCGUUUGGAAGACGAUACAGUAGAAACUAAAGACGGAAUACCAAUUGUGUUAGUAGACAAGGAACAACAAUUUCGAGUGUUUGGUAGCGGAUUAGAACAAAAUACAGCUAUAACGUUUACAAAUGAAAAAAACGAUUAUGGCGGUCCAUGUCUAAAGCCAGCUACUGAUCUUUUUACACCGAUAGAAGUAUCCAGCGAUGGAUUUUCAGCACUUUACUCAGUAAAGUUUCCAUCAUUUAUAAAUGAAUUUUUUAUUUGUGCCAAAACAGCUGAGAAAACGACAAAUCACAGCAAAGCUGCAACGACGACGCCUCUGGAACAUCAAGGAAACUCCGAUUUUUUAAAAAUAAAAACAUUUGAACCGUUAAUACCUGUGUGGCUGGCCAUAAUCAUCAUCGUAACAUGCCUGGGCUUUUCGGCUCUGUUUUCAGGCCUUAACUUGGGUUUAAUGUCAAUGGACCGCACAGAAUUAAAGAUCUUGCGGAACACUGGUACGGAAAAAGAAAAAAAAUAUGCGUCAAAGAUUGCACCUGUUCGAGAUCAAGGUAAUUAUCUUUUGUGCAGUAUCCUCUUGGGUAAUGUGUUGGUAAACUCAACUUUUACCAUUCUGCUGGAUGGUUUAACUUCUGGACUCUUUGCUGUUAUAUUUUCCACAUUGGCAAUCGUACUUUUCGGUGAAAUAACUCCACAGGCAGUGUGUUCAAGACAUGGAUUGGCAAUUGGAGCCAAAACCAUUUUAGUAACAAAAACCGUAAUGGCUAUAACAGCACCAUUAUCUUAUCCAGUUUCGCGUAUUCUCGAUAAAUUGUUAGGCGAAGAAAUUGGUAAUGUUUACAAUCGAGAACGUUUAAAAGAACUUGUUCGUGUAACAAACGAUGUAAAUGAUCUUGACAAAAAUGAAGUAAACAUAAUAUCCGGAGCUCUAGAAUUGCGUAAGAAAACUGUUGCGGACGUUAUGACGCAUAUAAAUGAUGCCUUUAUGCUUUCAUUGGAUGCCCUACUUGAUUUUGAAACUGUGUCAGAAAUUAUGAAUUCUGGUUAUUCUCGUAUUCCAGUAUACGAUGGUGAUAGAAAAAAUAUUGUGACUUUACUUUAUAUUAAAGAUUUGGCUUUUGUUGAUACUGAUGAUAACACGCCUUUGAAAACGCUUUGUGAAUUUUACCAAAAUCCUGUUCAUUUCGUAUUUGAAGAUUAUACCUUGGAUAUUAUGUUUAAUCAAUUUAAAGAAGGAACAAUUGGUCACAUUGCUUUUGUGCACCGCGUGAAUAAUGAAGGAGAUGGUGAUCCUUUUUAUGAAACGGUCGGGUUAGUUACUCUGGAAGAUGUAAUUGAGGAACUGAUUCAAGCUGAAAUUGUUGACGAAACCGAUGUUUUUGUUGACAACCGCACAAAAACGAGAAGAAACAGAUACAAAAAAGCUGAUUUUUCAGCAUUCGCUGAACGUCGUGAAGUGCAAACUGUUCGGAUAUCCCCUCAAUUAACACUGGCUACUUUCCAGUACCUUAGCACUGCUGUCGAUGCAUUUAAAAAAGAUGUUAUUUCUGAACUCAUUUUACGGAGGUUACUUAAUCAAGAUGUGUUUCACAACAUCAAAACAAAAGGAAAGAGUAAAGAUGAUCCAAGUCUUUAUAUUUUCACUCAAGGAAAAGCUGUCGACUUUUUUGUACUUAUAUUGGAGGGUCGUGUGGAAGUCACAAUUGGUAAGGAAGCGCUUAUGUUUGAAAGCGGGCCCUUUACUUAUUUUGGAACCCAGGCGCUGGUCCCCAAUGUAGUUGUCGACUCUCCCACACAAAUGGGUUCUUUGCAGUCCUUAAAUAUGGACUCAAAAAUACGACAAUCCUUUGUACCUGAUUACUCAGUUCGUGCUAUAUCGGAUGUGAUUUAUAUUACAAUUAAAAGGGUUCUGUACCUUACUGCAAAAAAAGCUACAUUGUUGGAAAAAAGUCGAAAAUCUGGAACAUUUUCCAGUGAAACAUUUGAUGACGAAGUGGAACGUCUAUUACACUCUAUAACAGAAAACGAAAAGCCUUCUUGUUUUACGUCAAAUCAAAGUACUAGACGUCUAUCUAUACCUAACCGAAGUAUAAAUUCCUCGCCAACAAAUAUGAAUAGGUCUCCCGAUUUGGUAUAUAACAGUGUCGACGAAGCCAUUCAAGACGACACAAAAUUAAAAAAAAUAAAGCUUGCGGACAAUGUGUCAACAAGUAUAAGUUUAGUUGCUCCUGAAUUAGAGGACCUUCCUAGUGGAGAACAAGAUACGACAGCUGCUUCCAUGCCCCUUUUGCCAAAGCUAGAUGAUAAAAAGCAGGCAAAGUAAGCUCUAAACACAAAAUGCAGGCUACAUUUAUAUCCGUGCACUUAAUAAAAUAAUAAAACAUAAUUUGAUGUAUAAAUAAGCUAUAACCAAUUAAUUACGUUCAACAAAUAUUUGCACACUUACCAUUUAUUAUAAUAUACCAUAGGUUUCCGCAUAUUAAUUUUUUCCUUAACAUCUUAAAACGUGUAGAAAAAUGUACCUAUAAUGUUUGGAGACAAUGCGUUAACAUGCUAUCGUUUAAAGGGAAUUGAUGGCUACGAAUAGCUUUUCCAAAACUGCGUAUGAAUUUAUAUAUAUAUAUAUAUAUACGUACUUAUAAAUAUAUAUAUAUAUAUAUAUAUAUAUAUAUAUAUAUAUACGUAUAUAUAAAUAUAUAAUUUAUUGCCUUAUAUUCAUAAAUACAUGUACCUUUAAUGUUGCCUCGUAAACAACGUACUUAAAUUAUUUCUUUUCUUUAGUUAAUCUUCCUUAGAACAGGUUUUGGAAGGGCUAAACUCGAUGUUAAAGAAAUAUGUUGCCUGUUUAACUAUAUUCAUUACUAAACUUAAAUGUGUUUGUGAACGCAGCCAAUCUGGUGUAUUUUGUUUUCAUGUCGAGAAUUAAAUAAAAAAAAUAAAAAAAUA